AUGGCGUCACAGCCAUCGAUUGAAGGUGACAACGCGGGUUCCGGCGAGGAGGAAGAGGAGGAGGGCCACUCGUCGAGUCUGGAUGAGAUCAUGUCUAGCAAUGGGAUUCGAAGUAAGAGGAGCCAUUAUAGAAUGAUUGCACAAGGAAAGGCAAACGGGAGACGGAGUUCAUCGACGAACAAUCGCGAAAAGUGGCGCCAACAGAACGUCAAUCGAGCCUUUGUCAACCUACGGCGCCUAGUUCCAACACAUCCGCCCGACAAGAGGCUGAGCAAGAAUGAAAUAUUGAGAAUGGCCAUCAAGUACAUACGACUGCUCGAGUCCAUACUCGAGCACGACAACUCUCAGAAGCGAAACUUCCAGCACAGUUAA